AUGAAUCCAACAACCCCCAAACACCGCAAACCCAGUUUCCACCAGUAUGUGAAGGACCUGAAUGACACCUUCGGACUGGAAAUUCCACUUCCGGGCUAUGAAUCGCCUUCCGUGCGAGAGAAAAACACCACACUCCCAUACCAGGUCUACAAACAUUUGCGCCCGUUGUUCUACAAUGCCAAAUUCCAAGGCUCGCUCAAACCAGACUUGGAAGAAUGGGUGCGCGGGAGAGCCGGGCUACUCGCCCAUGGGAACGUCACCCCGCUUCCAGCCCCCACCCCGAACCAACGCGAUGAGCGCACGCAGUACCUCUUGAAACUGAUCGAGGACGAGGAAUACCUGAUUGGUCAUGGUCGUCAGGAAAAUGCGAAAAGGUUAGCCAGUGAUCCGUUGGGACAGGUCAGGGGCUUAUCGCGAAAAAAACGAAGGAUCUCCGAUGAUGAAGAUGAUUUUCAUACUGCGCCUAAUUCGCCCUCUAAGGAGUCCGCUUCGCUGCAGUCGCCUCUUGGAAGGUAUGGAGAUGGAGCCCCGCAGCUGCCACAGAUGGCAAAGGCACGGACGCAAGUUUCCGGUGGCUCUGCGGCUUCGAAUUCGUUGGCGGCGCCUGAUGGUCGGGUCACGCCGAGGAAGAGUCAGGAGUUCAGUCGUGCGCCAGCGAAGUAUUCGGCUACUUUCCCUGUUCCGCCGAAAGUGCAGGUCAAUCAGUCUGUGAGAGAUCGUGGGGUUCCGAAAGUGCUGUCGAAGCCUCAGCCGGGUCCUUAUUCUCCUGCUAGAGUGCAGGCGAGUGCUCCGUCGCCAUCGAAGGCGCCUGGAAUCUUUCGAUCGCCGAUUCGAAACUCGCAGGUCUGCCAGCCAGCGGAGGAUGAUCCGAAGUUUUCCCAAGCCUCUGUCUCGCCGUUGAGACAGUCCACAAUUUCUGCAUGGAUUCAGAAGCAGAGUCCCACGGUUGCUGCACCUCCGAAGGAGAAUGAGGAUGACACUUUCGAGUUCGAAUUCAAAAAGCCUCAAUUGCUUGACAGGCUGACAGCGGCUUCGGACGAAUCGAAGUCUAAUCAAUCCCUGGCUCCUUCAGUCGCUCCCAGUUAUUCAACACGAGCGUCUUCUCUAGUUGGUAUUUCCAACGAUACCACCAUGGAACAAUCUUUCGAUACUGUCAUGACCGAGUUCUCUGAUCCAUUGGACACACAGUCAACGACAUACGCCGACUCAGUCGUUGAUGUGAUGACUAGCGAGGAGAUGAUCAAAAGCUUCGACGCUGCUACUACUUCCAUGAUGGUCAAUCAUGACCCGGUUGAAACGAAAGAGUCUCUGAAGCAAGAGGUUCUUAGUGAGCUGCGCUCUCAUGGCCCAUUCUCACUAGAAGGCUCAUUCUCAACCAAGAUCCCGUUGCGAUUCCGGUACGAGCUUGAGCGAGUUGGCCGCGCGUGGGGCGUCCCUUGCAACAGAAUGCUUGUCGGUGAUCAUGUCUCUCAUGACACCUUGGAUAAAUUCUGGACUUGGAUCAGCGGACAUAAUCAGAGGAAUAACCAACCGCUUCCAGAAAAGUCAUCUGCCCGAGCCUGGGAUUCUGCUGUUGACAGCUUCAAAUCAAAGAAGCAAUCCGAGGUCGUGAUUAUGUCCGGAGAAAUGGACUGGUGCGAUGAGUCCGAGCCGGGUAUUUUUAAAUUAAAAUUGAAUCCACUCAAGACGGAUCGAACGUGUCGGUUUCAUCGAAGGUUCGGAUCGGAUCGUUUCUUGACUGUCACUAUUCCUGCGCCCACUCGGCCUCCCAGGCAUCAGAAGACUGAUCCUUCAGUACUUCGAGAGUGCUUGGCUACGUGGCUUACUCGGUAUGAUCAUUCUUGUCUCGGUCGCAAGUGGCGUGCAUUUUAUGUCGAAGAAGUGAAGAUGAAGCGUAAAGUCAAGGGUGAGCCGCGGUUCCGUGUUGAGUUCUUUGCCGUUUCGGGUGGAGAUUUUGAGCCUUGGUCUAGAAAGCUUCUCCCGGCCAUAUCUGCCCCUCGAUUGCAGGGCGAAAAGCCCACGCCGAUGAGUGUGGAGAAGCUUUUGGAGUGGCAUAUGCCCAAUGCAGACAAUGCGAAACAGAGCAAUUGUAAGCUCUUCCAGCGCAUUUCGCUUGGUCUUUCGAAGACGUUUGAUACGGUCACUCUGAAGCCGAGCCAGGUCCUCCAUCUGAAAGAUGUUGAGGGUCGUCCCGUGAUGAAUGACGGCUGCGCUCUGAUGUCCAGGGCGCUUGCGAAUAAAGUCUGUGAUUCUCUAGGGAUCACCACUGCUACGCCGAGUUGCUUCCAGGGUAGAAUAGCAGGUGCGAAGGGCUUGUGGAUGGUUGAUCGUCACGAAUCUAGCAUUGACAAUACGCGAAGAGAUUGCGGGGACGACGACAUCUGGAUCCAAAUAUCCGAUUCCCAGCUAAAGAUCCACCCUCAUCCGCAGCAGUGGUUUGGUCCAGUUGACAAGGAGAAGCUGACCUUUGAGGUUGUGAAUUGGGCCAAGGCGCUGCAUCCUGUCGACUUGAACAUUCAGCUUCUUGGAAUCCUUCAGCACGGCGCGCCUGUCAAAGAAUAUAUUGCCCAGCUGGUUCGUAACGGCGUGCAGCAGCUCUACGACGACUUCUUAGAGGUUCUCAAAUCCAAUAGCCCUGUCUCAUGUCGCGCUUUGCUUCAAAAGCUCAGACCCUGCGGAGACGACCCAACUGGUAAAGCGCGACGCCUAGACCAAUGGACGGCGAACGAGGCAGAGUCCAUCAUCCGGUUCUCGGAGGCUGGAUUCCCUCCUAGAGAUUUCUACCCGCUUCGUAUCAAGAUGCGGAAGUAUCUCACGUGGCUUCUUGAACGACAGGUAGAAGAACUCAAGAUUGAAGUUCCUCUUUCGACCUAUGCCUAUUGCAUUGCAGACCCAUACGGCGUGCUAGAAGCAGACGAAGUUCACUUCGGCUUCUCUAGUAACUGGCGAGACCCGAACGGUCAAUUCGAGGACAAUCUCUUGGACGGUGUGGAUGUUCUCGUCGGUCGACUCCCUGCACACGUCCCUUCAGACAUUCAGCGUCGCAGAGCAGUCUGGAAACCCGACCUACGCCAUUUCAAAGAUGUCAUUGUGUUUCCUACAAAAGGCAACGUUCCACUGGCGCACAUGCUAUCUGGUGGAGACUAUGAUGGUGAUACGCCGUGGAUCUGCUGGGAUCCGAUGAUCGUGCAGAAUUUCCGCAACUCUCCGCUUCCAUCUGAGUAUCCUCCUGAUCACUAUGGCCUUACCAAACACUCGGUCCCAAUGUCUCAGUUGAGAACAACGGAGGAUUUCCUACAAAGCGCAUUUGAUUUCAACCUUACUACCUCGAGCCUUGGUCGGUGUACUGUGGAGCAUGAGAAAUUGGCAUAUGAGGAGUCCAUCAACUCCGCUAAAGCCAAAGAGUUGGCUUGUCUGUUGAGUCAUCUUGUGGACAGUCGCAAAGGAGGAGUGCAACUUUCAGAGUCCGCGUGGCAAGCUUUCAGGAAGAAGCUGAGUCCUCAACUUCGUGGUCUGCCGGCCUAUCGACCAGGUUCAACUCGCAAGCCCAAGAUUUCGAAUAUUGUCGAUUACCUCAAAUUCGAAGUCGCCACGUCGGAACAGACUAGAAUUUUGUCGGGUCUGAACGACGCAUUCCCCGAAAGUGAUGUCCAAGAACUCGAUAAAGAUCUCAUUCAGCCAUGGAAAGACGCCAAAAACGCCGUCGCAGAAAAAGGCAAGCACUAUGAGAAAUUGCAAGCUGCACUCGAGGGGAUCCAGACAUCGAUCGGCAAAUUGUACGACCAAUGGAACGCAGGCAACGCGACUAGCGAGAGCUUCUCGGCUCUCUCCCGCCAAGCAGUCGAAAGUGCCAGCGCCAUCCCUCCCCGGAAAAGGGCAGACAUCCGCUCAUCCAUACUUGGCAAUCCAGUCACGACGAAUGGAUACCCGCGGACGGGGUUUGUUCUCCAUGCGUUCGGCGAGACGCUAUGCCAUAUUAAGGCUUCCUGCAAGGCCUCUCGUCUGGUCAUUCACGAUGUCCUUGCGACUUAUCGGGUGAACCAGAAAAUGGUAUCCCAUCUUACUGCUACUGAGGUUCCUGGGAUCGAGCCUGACAUGGACUUGGAUGAAUACGAAGGUGGAGAUGCGAUUGAAGCUAUGGUAUCUUUUGAAGGGGACCUGGACUGGUUUGAGUGA